GCGUUCUCUGUCAACAGAAAGGUAAAACCACUAGAAAGAGGUCUAGAGGACGGAAGAAGAAGAAGAAGAAGCAACUGACUCGUCCGGCCAAGAAGAGGCUCAGGAGACUAAUGGUGACCCUGAAGGAGGAGGAGAGCAGCGAGGAGGAGAGCAGCGAGGAGGAGGAGAUGGUGGUGGAGUACAUGGACAGUGAUGAAGAGGAGAAGAUGAAGACAAAGGAUGAGGGAGUGGAAGUGGAGAGUCUUCAGGAGAAAGAGGAGGAGUACAUCUUUCCCCCGAUGCAGGAGUGGAUUCCAGCAGAGAAAGCCCAAUGGUUCACCUUCCUGAACUUUCGACCGGUGGAGUUACCUUCCUCCGGAGUCGGCCACAACCAGGUUCCCGUCCGGUCCACCAUCCUGGGCCAGUUCGGACGCUCCGUGAUCCUCGGACCGGCUCCCAGAGAGCUGCGGUGGGCGGAGCGCCACGGCACCAGCACCGUGAUGAUGGUGUCACCCGACCAGCUCCGAGCACACCUGCACCGCCAGGCGGAGAAGUUCAGCAACCGGAUCUCCGGCCCCCCGAGGAAGAUCCAGACCGACAAGCAGAACCCCCUGGGCAGGUGGACGGACCCGGCGCUGUGCUACGAGCUGCAGGCCGCAGUGACACCGUGGAUCGGCAACGUGCUGAUCCCGCAGAAAAACAGAGUGACGUCAGCCGACGGCCUGAGGAAGCGAGGAGAGACCGCCGGGCUCCUCUCGACCCCGGUCUUCCUGCUCCUCCUCCAGACCAUGAACGUGGACGCCGUAGGCUGCAAGGAGAUGAUAGAGCAGAGGAAGAACAGCGUGGUGGUACUCGCGCCUCCUGCUCCAAGUCCCACCAUCUUCAACCCCAACACCGUUGCGGGAAUGCUGCAGCAGAGGAGAGUCAUGAAAGAGGAGCAGCAGCACAAACUGCAACAACAAAAGAAACAGAAACUCCUGCUACUACAGCGACCUCCUCCUCGUCAGAACCUCCCCGGCAUUCUUCUCCAGAUGCCUCCUAACAAGCAUCCUUGGAUGUCUUCUGUGUCCUUUCCUCAGGCGGUCUUCAUUCCUCAUCCUGUCAUGAACAAUUCCUCUCCAGCUCCCCACAGACCUCCUCCUGUGGGCGUCCUCACCUCUCUGUUACCUGCACAUCCUGCUCCUCAUAGUGUCCCUACUGACUCUGUGGUCCCGGUGCCCCUGAACGCCACGUUGUCCACCUGCUCUGCCGCUUUCCGCCAACAACCUGUACCUUUGACUCAGACCCUGAUGGUUGCUUUGCCCCGGUCCCCUGAUCAACAUGGUUCUGUUGGUUCUACCCCCCCGAGUCAGCACCUUGUUCCCUCGGGCAGGUCCACCAAUUCUGGUCCUGCCCCCAGUCCAUUAAGCCUCAUCUCAAGCUCCCCCAAAGGGAGGGGACAAAAGGUGGCAGAGGAUAAGAGUGGGGUGGUUAUGGGCGGGACAGAUAACGGUGUGGGUGGGGCAUACACCCGUGUGGGCGGGGCAUGUGUCAGUGUGAUCAGAGAGACAGAAGAAGGAAGGAGGAUUCGGAAGCCGAGUCCAAAGGCCAAAGCUCUGCAGGAAGCCACUGAAGCCAAGGCUGCAGAAAAGAAGAAAGUUGCUUCAUCGCCACGAAAGAGAAUGCAGAUCCAGACCGUCUUCCCUGUUCCUCAGACCGUCUUCCCUGUUCCUCCUCAGCAGGUCUACACUACCCCCAUCCAGCUGGUACCUCAGACUCCUCCCUCCUCCGUGACCACAUUCCCAACUGCUCCUCGAGAACAUCCUCCUGCUGAGGUUGUCCCCUCUGCUCUGAGUUUAGCCCCGCCCUCCUCCAUACCGUCCUAUCAGCACCUUCCAUCCUCCAAUUCAAGCCUACUUGCUCCUUUCCUCCACGAUCAUGGCUACACCUUUUUUAAUCUGCGCCCCAGGCCGACCCCUGACUCCACCCCCAACAAGCCUCCCAAAGCCCCGCCCAGCAGGAGGAAACGGGGGAAGGGGGAGGAGCAGCCAAGCGUGUCGAGCAGUCGGGAAGACCAAUGUAUGGGUGGGACAGGUGAGGCGGUGGGCGGGGCAGGUACAGGUGUGAUCCAAAAAGGAAAGAGGGUUCGGAACCUGACUCAGAAGGCCAGAGCUCAACAGGCAGCAACUCAGGCGAAGGCUGAAGCCAAGAAGAAGAAAACUUCUUCUUCUCCUCGUAAUAAGCGCUCUCGUACGUCUUGCCUUAAAGAGGAAGUGGUCAAACAGAAUCAGCCAAUGCCUCAGCUUCCUGGGUUCUGUUUACUUCCUGGUCAGUCGAUGUGGGUCAUGACUCCUGGUGGGCUGGUCCAGCUGGCACAAGCCCCACCCCAAGGCCUGCAGCUGAUGUUGGUACCGAGCGUCCCCCUCUCAGCUCCACCCGGGACUAUAUCAACCAGUCCCACCGCUUUAUCUGUCCCCGAACACCCCCCUGUUUUGAACCAGCUCCACCCCCUUACAUCCAUGCCCAUCCUGCAACCUGUCUCAAACCCACCUCCCGAGCCUCCCCUCGAAGUCUUCAUGCCAUAUAAGGGCACGGUCAGGGUGGACCCGGCAGCGCCUCCUCCGCUGCACUUUGACCACUCCCUGAUGUUCCUGGAGUCCCAGGAAGCGGUGCGUGAUUGGCUGAGUGGUCGGGGAGGAGUGGCGGUACCUGGAACAUCAGUGGCUCUUCCCUACCUGCCACCCUUCGUCAGCAGUCUGAACACGAUCAGUGCGCUGCUCCGGGCCAAGAAGGCUCUGACCAAAUCAUCCCUGAAGCUGCUGUGUCGAGGGUCCGAACCCCAACGCCACCCAGCCAAACCCAGACCAGACAGCAGCAGCGAGAUGCUUUGCAGUCAGCCUCCAGACCUGCCAGACUCCACCUCUGACCUUGGACCACGGCAGGACACACCAGCUCCCUCCGUCAACCCUGACCUGCAAGAGGAGGAGGAGGCGGAGCUUGUGGUGGUGAUACGUCAGCUGGUGGCGGAGCGUUUCUCAAGUAACCCCGCCUACCAGCUGCUGAAGGCCCGCUUCCUGUCCAGCUUCACUGUCCCCGCCCUCCUGGCCACCGUGCAGCCAAUCAGAGAGAAGGGCGUGACCGGACCAGCCAAUGAGGAGGAGGAGGAGGAAAGGGAGGAGGAGCAGCUAAAGAAGAUCGAAGAGAGAGCCAGACAGAGGAGAGCCGAGAGGUCUUUGCUGCUGUGUGACGGGUCUGGAGCUCCAGCCAAUCACUUCUCAGGAAUCACCAGCGCACACACCUGAGACACCACACCUCUCUGUCCACUUAAACCACAGAUACAAACGUUCACACGUUCAUGAUCCUCGUUACAUGUGUUCAAGUUAAAAAUAAUGAGUUUACAAAAAGAAAUACCGUUGUGAGCUCUGUGGUGCGUUCAGGAACCUCGUUCAGGUAAAAGUGGUAAAAUUGCACUAAAAUAUCUUUGUCUCAUUUUAUUUUUUUAUUCAGCGUCUGUAAAGAAAAUGUUCUGUAAUUAUGAGCUGAUUCAUUUGUAAUAAAGAGAAAAGUUUAUGUAAAAUGAAGCUGUGUGUGCUCCUAUGUGUGUUAGUGAGGACCAGUUAUUCUUACACCUGGUCUCUGGGGACCCUGUGGACUGUGAGGACACUGGACUGUGGGGACAUUACAUUACAGUCAUUUAGCAGACGCUUUUAUCCAAAGCGACUUACAAUUCAGACCGUAGGCAC